AUGGCUCUUCGUGAUGAGUUUGAGUUUGUUCAGGCCUCUAUUCUGUACAAAUCUCCUCUUCUAUAUGUUGAUACUGCCCUUUCUAAGUUGAUUGCUGAAGAAACUCGAAAAGAGAUCAUCUCAUCCAACCCUGAUGGUUCUCUCAUUUUGGCUGCAUGGAUAAAAAUCAAGGCUGAUGGUUCCAUUGAGCGCUAUAAAGCUCGUCUUGUUGCCAAAGACAUCAUGCAGGAGUAUGGCAUCGACUAUGAGGAGAUUUUUACUCCUAUUACUCAUAUGAUCUCUGUUCGUACUUUACUUACAGUUGCCGCCGCCAAACAGUGGUUCCUACAUCAACUUGAUGUCAAGAAUACAUUUCUUCAUGGAGAUCUGUCUGAAGAAGUGUAUAUGAUGCCACCUCCUGGUUUACCUCAUCAGCCUACUCAAGUCUCUAAGUAUGCAUCCGACUUGCUUAUUCGUGCAGACCUAAUAGAUAAUAAGAUUGCUGAUACCUCUCUUGAGCUAAAUUUGAAGCUUCGAUCUACUGAUAGAAAAAUUCUUGCUGAUCCCUCCUGGUAUCGACAGCUUGUCAGCAGUCUCAACUACCUCACUAUCACUCAGCUAGAUAUUUCACAUGUAGUUCAUGUUGUUAGUCAGUUCAUGUUUGAGUCUCAUUCUGUUUAUAUUUCGGAUCAUGCGGUAUAUUAA